GCUUUAUUUGUGAUCUGUACCACGGAGUAAAAAAGAAAGAAAGAGGCCUCUGGGUAUUUGUCUACAACAUGGCGUCUCUGUGGAGUAUUCACUUCGACUGCAGUUAGGCUGAGUUUCUAAAGGUCAACGUAAUGGUUUGGGACCCUCCAGACAUGUCUGUGUCACAGUCCUCCACGUGUUUCAGCAAUAAUAGUGGUGCCGGCAGCCGGCAGUAUACCUUCUCGAAGGGGCGUAGGGUCUACUCCACACAACACUAUGAGGAGAGCAAGCAGCCACUGUCACAAUACGUCCAGUGCUGCUGUGCGGUGCUACACUGGAUGAACUGCUUUCAGAGGCAACUGCGACGCACAGCCCCCAUGCGAGGGGGCAGCCGGAAUGAGCUGGUGACCCCCCCGCUUCGCUCAAGGGUAAACGGGUGGUCCAUUCCUCUUCACGCCUUUCAGCUGGUCGGCUGGCUGAUCUACAGCUACAUGGCUGUGGUUGGCUUUGGCGUCUACAUUCCACUUCUGCCCCCUCCAUGGAGUUAUGCUGCAUACUGUGUGAUCGGCACAGUGUUCCUCUUGCACAUGGUUGCCCAUCUGGCAGCUGUGUCUAUUGACCCAGCUGACUUGAGUGUCCUUGCAAGGAAGAACUACUCCAACCCCAUGCCUGUCCUGGACAAGAAGAAACAUCCGCAUGUCAUCCACAACUUGCACUGCUACCUCUGUGAGGUUGAUGUGGGCCCCAAAGUGAAACACUGCAGUAGCUGCAAUAAGUGCAUUGCAGACUUUGACCACCACUGCAAAUGGCUCAACAACUGUGUGGGUGGGAGGAACUACUGGUUUUUCUUUGUCACUGUUGUGUCUGCUGUCCUGGGAGUUUUGCUGCUUGUUUUCAUCAUCCUCUUUGUCUUCAUUGAGCACUUUUUGAACCCCAGCGUUCUGCGAACUGCACCACAGUUUCAGAGUGUGCGAGAGAAUGGGACGUGGCUGGCCUUCCUGCCGCUGGCGCCCAUGGAGAUGAGCUCGGCCGGGAUCCUCACCCUCGCCUUCAUCACCGUCAUGCUGGGCGUGGCCUCCCUGCUGCUACUCAGCCACCUGCUGGGCUUCCAUAUCUACCUGUUGAUGAAGAAGAUGAGCACAUAUGAGUACAUUGUGAGACAGCGUCACGUGCAAAGCGUUCGAGAACUGGAGGGAGGGGCCAAACAGUCCGUCACCACCAAUGGAACGUCCUCACAGAACAUGCCCUCUGUGGAGACAUCUGUUGAAUGUGAUGCACCACUGUCUGGAAGGUCAAGUGCCUUAAAGUAUCAGGACAGAGGACAAAUCGGCAGUCGACUCUCUGGAGCCAUCUGUACGGAGAUGGACAGUUUUAAACAAACAACUGGCGAUGCAGAGGAAAAUCUAUACUAUGAGUCAAAAGUGCCCAAACCGACACUACCUGAUGAAGCUGUAAUGGCCGACCCAGCAGGGGGAGGGGAGAAGGCUCCCAACACGUCUGCAGAGGGCGUCCCCAUCGCCCAGAACCAGCUUGGGAGCUCCGUCACCUCACUCACGGUCCAGCGUCCAUAGAUGUCCUUUCAGAGCACACGGGGGGUAUCCCCAAACGCUCUCCAGCAGUCAGAGGCUCCAGUGGGACCCCGCUGAAGCCAGCCAGUGAGCGGGAGCUCCUGCCGUGGGUGACUGUGGCCCAGUCCUACAGCGUGGAACUCGGAACCCUCUGUGGGGGAACUUGAAUGCGCUGUGAUUUUGUCUCCUCACACAGCAGCUCCUCUAACCUCUGGAUCAAAAUGUGUUCAGUGAGCGUAAAGAGGAGUCCUUUAGUGUGCAGGAGGCCACUGACUUAACAUUAUGCGCUGAACUCAGUCUCCUCCUCACACCUGCUGGUUGACUGUGAUCUUAACAGAAGCGGCAGUGAAGAAAUUUGUCAGAACAUUCUUUAUUGCCAUAUUUUUACCACUUGUAUUUUAUAUUGUUUAAAAAUAUGAAUGUCACAAACCGAAGGGAAUGACAUCACAAAAUGUACAGUAGGCUGUUUUUUCACUGUAUGUUUUACUGAUAUUUAUGUUCUUUUCAGUGUUUUAUCAUGAGGCUCAUUGGAUAUCUUUUAGGUUUUGUAAUAAAAUACCCAAAAUGAGUGAAA